AUGUCGAUAUCAAACGAGGCCUUGCAAAAGCUGGCUCGUGAGAUCGAGGCGCAGGCCGCCUCUGCACAGCAACAGAUCGGCAUCGCACGCACGCAAAUAGCUGGCAAGCAGAGAGAGCAGCGCCUGGUAAAACUCACACUGAGCGAGCUCAACAGCCUCCCCGAAGAGACAGUGGUAUAUGAGGGCGUUGGCAAGAUGUUUGCCGCUCUGCCCGUCUCGGAGAUGACCCAAAAGCUAGAGGACCAGACGAAAGGCCUGGAUAGUGAGGUAGAAAAACUCGGACAAAGACUAGUGUAUCUAGAAACGACGCACAAAAACAGCCGUGAGCAUAUCGAACAAAUGUUACGAAAAACCUGA